AUGUCUGCAUGUGCUCCUGGGCCUUUGGGCACCUCUGCGCCAUAUGCUGGGCCCGGCGUCAUUCAGGCGCUUCAGUUUGUGAAUGGGUAUGCUAUCCUGGGCAUGCAGCAGCAAGUUUUGAAGAUUAAAGGCUUUCACAAAGAAUGUCCUUGUUGCAGUGGGUGCUCCAAAAAUUUUGCCUACUUCUCAAAACCGGUUUUUCCUUUCAUUCCUGAUGUUUCCACCACCCUCCUUAUGGAGGAUCCUGCAGAACUGAUUCAGUACGGAAUCCUCAGAGGGAGCAGUGGAGAGAAUCCGUGCAGAAGUCACGGCCCCUUUUUACAAGAACUAGCUGCUGUAUUCUGGUCUAUGCAGACCCAGGAUCUCAACUUCAGACUUCAACGUGACCUUACCCUGCAAGGCUAUCCAUUUCAGCUGGUCCCAGUUCAUCAAAAUCUUCUUGCCAUAACAUGCUUUGCUACAGUGUGCAAUGCGCUUCUAGUCAUUGCUUUAGUGUUGACCAUUCUGUUCCCCAUUCACAGUUCAGCUCUGUGUACAGAACAGCAAAGUCAACUGAAUACUAAUUUCAUCAUUCUCUUCAUCACAUCUUGUGCCCGAUCAAAUGGCCUUCGUUUUAUAAUGUAUAUAUUUAUGCUGCUAAUAAUUCUCUGUACCCUUAUUGGUAACAUGUUACUCAUCAUUUCUAUUUUGUAUUGCAAACAUCUUCACACACCUACCAAUUAUCUUAUUCUUUCUUUGGCUACUUCUGAUUUUCUGUUGGGCUGUUUGGUUAUGCCUUACAGUAUGGUAAGAUCUGUGGAAAUGUGUUGGUAUUUAGGGCAGUUGUUUUACCGUUACUAUGCAGUGUGUGACCCACUGAGAUACAAAAUAAGAAUGACUUUCUUCUCAGUGAAGAUGAUGAUCAUCGUCAGUUGGGCCAUUUCAGCUGUUUUUGGUUUUACCUUAAUCUUUUUACAAUUAAAUCUAAAGGGAAUUGAAGAACUUUACUACAAUCAUAUUGCUUGCUAUGGAAGCUGCAUACUUGUAUUUAGUGACAUAUCAGGGAUCGUUGCUUCAAUGAUUGCCUUUUACAUUCCGGGAGUUACCAUGUUGUGUAUUUAUUGUAAGAUUUAUUUUGUGGCUAUGAAACAGGUCAGAAGCAUAAACAGAAUAACAAUUCAAAUGCAAAGCAUUGAAGAUAACAGCAGUAGAUUUUCACGAAGCAAUGAAAGAAAAGCUGUCAAAACUCUAGGGCUGGUGCUGGGUGUGUUCCUUAUUUGUUGGUCUCCAUUUUUCAUUUGCAAUACAACAUAUAGUUUUGUCAAUUAUACAGCCUCUCCUGUUUUGUUCGAUGCUCUUGUUUGGUUUGGUUACUUGAAUUCUACAUUCAAUCCCAUAAUCUACGGCUUCUUCUUUUCCUGGUUUAGAAAAGCUGCAGCAAUUAUUUGGACAUGCAAAAUAUUUCGACCUGUUUCUUCUCAAAUGGAAUUAUAA